GGGGGCGGGGCGGUUGCGGCGGCAGCCGGGGAGGGUCAGUUGGAGGCAGGCGCUCGUUGAGGCUGGAGGCUCCCUCUCGGCCCGCGGCCUGACAGGGACUUAGCCCGCAGAGACCGACCCGCGCGCGCGACCCCACACCCACCCACUCAUCCACCUACCCACUCCCUGCGCCGCCUCCUCCCACCCUGAGCAGAGCCGCCGAGGAUGAUAAACACCCAGGACAGUAGUAUUCUGCCUUUGAGUAACUGUCCCCAGCUCCAGUGCUGCAGGCACAUUGUUCCGGGGCCUCUGUGGUGCUCCUGAUGCCCCUCACCCACUGUCGAAGAUCCCCGGUGGGCGAGGGGGCGGCAGGGAUCCUUCUCUCUCAGCUCUAAUAUAUAAGGACGAGAAGCUCACUGUGACCCAGGACCUCCCUGUGAAUGAUGGAAAACCUCACGUCGUCCACUUUCAGUAUGAGGUCACUGAGGUGAAGGUCUCUUCCUGGGAUGCAGUCCUGUCCAGCCAGAGCCUGUUUGUAGAAAUCCCGGAUGGAUUAUUAGCUGAUGGGAGCAAAGAAGGAUUGUUAGCACUGCUAGAAUUUGCUGAAGAAAAGAUGAAAGUGAACUACGUCUUCAUCUGCUUCAGGAAGGGCCGGGAAGACAGAGCUCCACUCCUAAGGACCUUCAGCUUCUUGGGCUUUGAGAUUGUACGUCCAGGUCAUCCCUGUGUCCCCUCUCGGCCAGAUGUGAUGUUCAUGGUUUACCCCCUGGACCAGAACUUGUCCGAUGAGGACUAACGGUCGUGGAGGAUGCUUUGCCCAAGAGCCACAGUGGGAAAGGGGAAUUUAGGCAGCCCUGGGGCACAGAGGGGUGCCUCCCUGGUAGGAAUGGUGCUGAGGGGCUCAGGGUGAGGCCUGCUGUGUUCUUGGACUUGUUGAAAUUGUUUUCCAUAAAGAACAGUAUAAACAUAUUAUUCACAUGUAAUCACCAGUAGUAAAUGAAGAUGUUUAUGAACUGGCUUUAGAAGCUUUUUAAACUGCGCUGUGAUGUACUCUGUCUAGCUAGGGGAGGGCGCUGCCUAGACGGGGAGGGAGUAUCCAGGUCCAGGGGUAGGGCUGGUGGGCAGCACUGUCCAGCUCUGGUUCCCCUGCUGUUGGCUUUUCUGUUUCAGUUUUUAAGACUUAUUUUCUUUUAUUUGCCUGCUGUCACCCCAGGGACUCUCUGCAUAUAGGCUUUUUAGCUCCUGGGCAGUGUCCUUGGGUUGUUUUUGACACUCCACUCUGGCUUCUCUGUGUACGGGCGUAAGCAGGUCAUGACCGACCGUUCUUUACAGCUUAGUGUUCUGGCAUUUGUUUAAGCUGGCUUAAUCUGUUCAAUGUUAUCAAUGCAUUUUAAAUAGGGACACUGAAGUUCACUCCCAUCAUCACCAGGGCUUUUUUGGGGGUUCCUGGGCCUUAAACACUAGCCAAACUCCAAUUCUCAAGUUACUGCCAGGAGUUUUUUCUCCUGUGGCCCAGGUCCCAAGGUCUCUCUCCUAGGGUCAUGAAGAGCAGAAGAAAAAUAGCAACUCAGGGCCUGGGAACCGUGGGGAAUCUGUUCUUAGGGAUGGGAUGGCUGUGGCUAUGGAGCACAGUGCUGCCUGCCUCCCCCAGGGCCCAUGCAGUGCCUGAGACCCUGCUCUGCAGGGCCAAGGGCUAGGCCUGGGUGGGCAGCGGCCCUUUUCUGUUUCCAGUGAACAGUUUGUUCUAAGGGGAGAGAAAGGGGGAAGAGAUCACAACUGGGUGAGGGGAGUGGGGGGUGUCAGGAAGGCAAGUGUGUUGUGUUACUGUGUCAAUAAACUGAUUUAAAGUUGUGA